GCGUCAUCGAAUUGCUUCCUACCGAGCUUGUGAAGAUAACCCAAAUGCUCGCCUUCGCCCGCGACUUUGCUCUCGCCCUCGAGCCCGUUCCCACAUAAUGGCUUCCAGAUCAAUUCCAACGUCGCUGUUGCGACGAGUGGUCUCGACCCCACAAUCCCACCGAAUCGCUUCAUCUCGAAUCCUCGCCCGCGUUCCAAAGUCUUGUCGCAAUCCGUUGCAAGCCUACCAUCCUGCCUUACGAAUUGCCGGACAAAGGAGGACGAUAUCGUCGACGGCACGACGGCGCCUGGCGGAUGUGGACGAUGCAUUCGACCCUCGACAACAGGAACGCGAGAGUGACGAGGUUGAUGUGUGCAUUGUUGGUGGGGGCCCCUCCGGUCUCGCUGCCGCGAUCAAGCUCAAACAAUUAGCCAAUGAGGCUGGCAACGAAGACUUUCGUGUCUUGUUGCUCGAAAAGGCGGGAGAAUUGGGCGACCACAUCGUAUCUGGAAAUGUUAUGGAGCCCGGUGCCCUCAAUGAGCUUCUUCCGGACUGGAACUCGGAGGACAAUCCCGACCGAUUCGAGCACACGACCCCAGCCAAGGUCGACAAGAUGAAAUUCCUUACCAAGAACAGCUCCAUCCCUCUUCCAAAGCCACCGCAGAUGAACAACCAUGGCAACUACAUCCUGAGUCUGAAUCAGCUGGUAAAGUGGCUUGGGGAGCGCGCGGAGGAAAUCGGAGUGGAAAUAUACCCCGGGUUCGCAGCUUCAGAGAUUCUUUACAACCACGAAGGUGUUGUCCGGGGCGUAGCUACCAAUGACUUGGGAGUUGCUAGAGAUGGCACGCCCAAAGAUUCCUUCGAGAGAGGGAUGGAGUUUCACGCCAAGGUGACAUUACUUGCCGAGGGUUGCCAUGGUAGCUUGUCAAAGCAGGUCAUCAAGAAGUACGAUUUGAGGCGAGACAGUUCACAUCAAACCUACGGAUUGGGCAUCAAGGAGAUAUGGGAGAUUCAACCGGAGAAGUUCGAACCAGGCCUCAUUGUACAUUCGAUGGGCUACCCACUGCCAUCGGAUACUUAUGGUGGUGGCUGGAUGUAUCACUUUGGUGACAACAUGGUCAGUAUUGGUCUCGUCGUUGGUCUGGAUUACCCAAACCCCUGGCUCGCUCCUUAUGGCGAAUUCCAGAAGAUGAAGCACCACCCAUUAUAUAAGAACUACCUAGAGGGCGGCAAAUGCAUCUCCUACGGCGCUCGAACCCUGAUCGAGGGAGGAUUCCAAUCGAUACCGAAGGUCGCAUUCCCCGGUGGUGCCCUCAUAGGUGACACGGCCGGAUUCAUCAACCUGCCCAAGAUCAAGGGCACUCACACUGCCAUGAGGUCAGGUAUGCUUGCCGCCGAAGCAACCUGGGAUGCUCUCCAGGCCAAUACCGAUGGCGGUACUGUCUUCCUCUACGAUUACGAGGACAAGCUGAGGAAUUCCUCGAUCUGGUCCGAGCUCAAGCAAGUCCGCAACAUGCGACCAUCAUUCCACACCAAAUUGGGACUGUACGGUGGUGUUCUUUAUUCAGGACUUGAGGCCUAUCUUUUCCGAGGCAAAGCACCCUGGACGUUAAAGCACGGAAAACCCGACCAUGCAGCCACGAAGCCAGCAGACCAAUGCAAGAAGAUCGAGUACCCCAAGCCUGAUGGAAAGAUCAGCUUCGACAUCCUCACGAGCGUCAGCCGAAGCGGGACGAAUCACGAAGAGGACCAACCCGUUCAUCUUCAGGUCAAGGACUGGGACAAGCAUGCGGAGAUGGAGUGGCCAAAGUACAAGGGAGUUGAGAACCGAUUCUGCCCUGCAGGCGUCUACGAGUACGUCGAGGACGAGACUAAAGAACUGGGAGUCCGCUUCCAGAUCAAUGCGCAGAAUUGCGUUCACUGCAAGACAUGUGAUAUCAAAGUUCCCGACCAGGAUAUCAACUGGGCGACACCACAGGGCGGCGAGGGACCCAAGUAUGUGCUAACAUGAUGAAUCGAUAGUAUGGUGGGAUAUUUGUCCAUAUAAAACCUUGUGCAAUUUUUGGAGUUUAUCGGUGAUACCAGUUCGAAAACGACAGGGAAUGUACAUUAGCCGAGGUUGCGAAAUAAGUCGUUAACAACGAUGGUUAAAGCAAAAGCGACAAGCACCGCGACAUCAUUAUACAGCUUAUUGUAUUAACUACAAGUAACUGUGACGUGAGAUCUUUAAGAAUG